CUCCGGGCCACCACACAUUUGACACCGCUCAAUUGCCUUGGUUCACCUUCACCACUACUCAAUUUACUUAACGACCCAAAUACUCGACUCAUAAUGGGCGCCGCAGCGAAACGCGCAAAGCGGGAGGAAUUUCGCCAAAAGGUCGCCAAAGUCACUACAGAGUCGGGAGAAGGCUCCCCCGCCACAGUCCUCCAAUUACCCCAAAAGAGAUACUACCGGCAACGAGCUCAUGCGAAUCCCUUUUCAGAUCAUCUUUUAGAUUAUCCCCUCACCCCAGCGCAUAUGGACUGGAGUACACAUUUCCCAGCUUUCGUAAACCCCGACUCUACUCAGAAAACCCUAAGUGGCUCUCGAAAACUUCUGAAGGAUGUCGAGGUUGUGGAUAUCGGCUGUGGAUUUGGCGGACUCCUCGUUGGCCUCGCACCAGUCCUUCCCGACACAUUGAUGGUUGGCAUGGAAAUCCGCGCCCAAGUCGCCGAAUACCUCACAUCCCGCAUCCACGCCCUGAGAUUCCAACAAACCCACCUACAGCACUCCUCCACCACCACCACCACCACCACCACCACCUCCUCCUCCUCCUCUGAUCCCAAUCUAGAAAAACUGCCCCCCGUGCCCAGCGCAAUUCCCACAACAGAAGAAUCCGACACCGCGGCGGACUCUCCACCAUCCGAGCAGGUUUCCACAGUCCCAGGCGGAUACCAGAAUAUCUCUGCUCUCCGCGCAAACACCAUGAAGUUCUUCCCGAACUUCUUCGCGCGCGGCCAACUCUCCAAGAUCUUCAUCUGCUUCCCGGACCCGCACUUCAAAACGCGCAAGCAUAAGGCGCGUAUCGUUUCGGAGUCGUUGAAUGCCGAGUACGCUUAUUCGCUGCGGCCCGGUGGUCUGCUGUAUACGAUCACCGAUGUGGAGGAGUAUCAUUAUUGGAUCCUGAGGCAUUUCAAGCAGGAUGAUGCGGAGGGUCCUCCGGGGGGAAGCGGGGAUGCUACGGCUCCGGCGGCUUCCGGUACAGUUGAGAAGCUCCCCGGCGUAGAAGAGUUGUUUGAGCGGCUGACUGAGGAGGAGUUGCGGCUGGAUGAGUGUGUGCGGGUUAUGAUGGAUUCUACGGAGGAAGGCAAGAAGGUAACUAGGAACAAGGGGAACAAGUAUGUGGCUGUUUUCCGACGCAAGGCAGACCCAGAAUGGCCUCUUGAUGAUGAUGAUGAUAAUGGUUGUAUCUAAAUUAUUUCCAUAUGUGCUGGUAGUUUCACAAGCUAGUAGCAGGCGGGUAGGUUCCUGAAUAGCUUGCACAGAGGGGUUAAAAAGGCUUGCUCUUUUGGAUAUAUUGUAUUGAUAUAAUAUAAUUCGCUUUGUACCUUGAUC